CCGGUAUUUGUAUCGGGACCUAUGUACUGUACUACGGCAGUAGUACUACUACUUCCUCUACUACGCAGUAUUUGCAUUUACUGCGCCGUCUCUGUCCUCGGUGUGAGUGUGCUCAGUUUAUCCGCGAAGUAGAGCCCAACGGCCAGAUUGUCUUCACUCCUCCUCCACCUUCCCCAGCCCCUCCAUGCCGCCCAAGAGAGACGCGGGGGCGACCGCAACACCAAUACCGGUCAAGAUGCUGAAAAUCGGCACCGACGCCCAGGAGUUUGGCUGCGAUCCCGUGGAGGAGAAGUACAGGCUGGCCGAGGAGUGCAGCUACUCCCCUUUCCCCAACAACGAGCAGCAUGAAAACAUUGUAAGCAUUGAUUUUGACGAAGAAAACAUUUCAAGCCCAGACAUCAGAACGGACACCAUCAGUCUCCUCAUGAAAAUUGAGCAGCUGCAGGCGCAGCUCAAAUAUGAACGCAGGUGUAGAGUUCUGGCCGAGAGAGAGCUGAGGGAGUUGAAAGAGAUGAACACGCUGAUGAUGCAGAUGAGGCACACGGCACACGAGCUGCGCGUCACUCUGGAUCACGUACUCCAAGGGGGCGAGGCGGCAGCGCCACAGACCUCUCAAGAUGAAAACGUCUCCUUCCUGGCGGAGUCCGGGGCAGAGAUGACGGAGGAACUUGACAUCCCGCAAGACGAUCAAAACUUUUUGUACCUUUCAGAGCAUCUUCGAGUGCCAAAAAAUCUUUAUAUGCGCAUCGCAGAGUUUGCCGACUACAAGAAGUACACGUCGGCUCUGCUGAUGAUACUUUUUGACAGAGAGACGUUGGCCACGCACUCUCUGCAGGGCCGAAGGAACACCUUCACCGGGGAAGAUUGCCACAAGCCUCAACUCCCUCCGGAGAUCUUGAGAAGUUUAAUCGGGCAUGUGGAAGCCAAGUUUGGUGUUGAAAGCAGCCAAAUAAAAAUUGCAAUCCGCACGAAGUUGAAUAACGAGGACAAGCUAUUGAAGAAGAGGCUGGGUAUGGGUAAAUCCGACAGCAAAGCUAUUGACCAGAGCUUCUGCCAAGCUGCUUCAAUCCUGCCUGAAAAUGGAGCAAUGGAAAGUGAUUCUCAGUUAUAAUCUUUUGAGGCGGCCAUCAGGAUUUGGAUGUGAUAGAAAUGUUUGACAGGUGGCCUUUUUUUAAUUUAACCGUGGUUUAGUCAGUAUUGAAAGUUUGUGCUUGAAGGUAGCGUUUUUUUUUUUUUUUUAGAAUUCCUUUUUUCACAGUUUGUGUAUCCCGACCCAACCAAUACCUCGGAGAGCGCUAUCAAAUGUUGCGUGUAAUCGUCUGCUAAAAACUACCAAGUGUUCUUAUUUAAUUGAAGGUAGGUGAGUGGCUGUGUCUAAAUCUUCUCUGAGGUCAGCCUUUGUCAAACAUGUAUACUGGUUUUAACUUUUAACUUUUCAAUCGGUUCGACUGUUUCAAAAUUAGGAUAUUUGAAAAUGUUUUAAAUACUAAGGUUACUAUUUGUACCAUGUGUUCAUAAGAAACUGUACACAAAGUGAUAAUGUGCUUCUAGAUUAGUUUUUUACUGCUAGGGCAGUUGAUAUAUAUAUUAGUGAUAUUUAAUCUAAUCUUUUUGUCAUGCUUAUCUCCGUGUGGGACAAUAAACCUUUUUGAA